GUUAACCAAAAUGGAGGGUGGGUUUGCAGACCUCUUUUUAUUGAUUGCGAGGCGCCCAAUAUCUGAAAUCAAUAUAUCUGAACUAAUAUUUUUAGAACUUUUAUUUUUUUUGAAUGAAUUUCUUUCUUUUUCACACAAAAUUUUGACAUAUUAUUUAAAAUUUUCAUUCAUUCUCUUAGCAUCUUUCAUUCUAAUCCCAAUAUCCGAAUGAAAUGGUUAAAGAAAACUUCUGGAAAGGAAUACAUCAAGGGGUGGCAAGGCAGAAGAGUGCCUGGACAUUGCUGAUGAUCAUGAGAGUUAUCAAAUAAAAAAGGGAUGGUAUCGAGAAAGGCCAAUUCAUUUGAAUUUAGAAAGAAUCCCUCCAUCAAGUCAUGUUUUCCAGAAACAAGAUCUACUGAGGGCUCUGACAAUAAAUCUGAUCACAGGUUUCCACAUCAUUUCAAGGCACACUCUUGUGAUGUUCAUGACAAUUUUGGUGCAGUUAUAUCUAUUAAAGACCAUCCUUUACAGGACUCUAACCCUUUUUCUACAAUCAAUGUUGAACCUUCUUCGUCUUCUGUUGUGUUAUACAACAAUGUCUUGUUCAACAACUUACCAACUAAAUUGGAUCACUCAAAUCUGUGCCCUGUCAUUGGUCGAAAGCUCUCUGUUUUGUCUGAAUGGAAUGAAAGCUAUAAUGCUGAUACCUUUCCAAAUCAACACUCCCAGGGAAUUAGCCCUGCAAAUGCUGGUGCAGAGCAGUCUCAAUCUUUGAAAGCAAAACAUAAUUUUGUUACCUCUACACUAGCACAAGCUGCCAAUCCAGGGGAGAUGAAACACACUGGCCAAAACAGGCAUGUUCCUCUAUAUCUAGCAGCACUUAAAGGUGAUUGGAGAACGGCUAAAGUUUACUUGCGAUGGAACCCACAUGCCGUGCGUGCUACAAUUACAAGGGGAUUAGAAACUGUGCUUCACAUUGCAGCUGGGGCAAGGCAUACACUAUUUGUCAAGAAACUAGUGAAAAAGAUGACACCAGAUGAUUUGGCUCUGCAGAACAAGGUUGGAAAUACAGCCUUAUGUUUUGCUGCAGUAUCUGGAAUAACAGAAAUAGCCAGAGUGUUGGUGAAUAAGAAUAAAACUUUGCCUUUAGUUAGAGGUAGUAAAGGAGCUACACCUCUCUACAUGGCUGUUCUUUUGGGAAGAAGGGAUAUGGUUUGGUAUCUUUAUUCUGUCACAGAUGAUAAAGAUCUUUCAGGAGAGGAUCGUGUUGGGCUUCUUGUUGCUGCUAUCACUUCCAAUCUAUUUGAUAUGGCACUGAAAUUAAUUCAAAACCAUCCAGAAUUAGCAUUGGCUCGAGAUGGGAAUGGAGAAACAGCUCUUCACGUAUUGUCCCGAAAGCCAAGUGCAUUUUAUAGUGGAACUCAACUGGGACUUCGGCAGAGAUUUAUCUAUUCAUGUCUCCAGGUGAAAUUACAACGUGAUUCUUUCAUGGGUGAUGAUCACUUUGCCCACUGGAUCACUCAAGCUUUAUCCACAGGGAAAUUGCUACUCUGCAAAAGUAUUAAUUAUCUUGUUCCAGACAUUAACCAGGUCUAUAACAUCAAGUUGAGGCAUCUUCAAGCGCUGGAGCUAGUGAGGCAACUUUGGCAACAGAUUUUGAACCUAGAUGAUGCAGGUCUUAAAGCAUUAAUUAGAACGCCUCGGCAAUUACUGUUUACAGCUGCGGAAUUUGGAAUUGUAGAGUUCAUAACAGUGCUUAUUCGGUCGCAUCCUGAUCUCAUAUGGAAGGUUGAUGAGCAGAGUAGAAGCAUAUUUCACACAGCAGUAGUACAUAGACAGGAGAAAGUCUUUAAUCUCAUAAAAGAACUUGGAGCUCUUAAAGAUUUUAUAGCUCUGUAUAAAGAUGAGAAGAACAAUAAUAUGUUGCACUUGGCUGGAAAGCUACCACAUCCAAAUCGACUCAAUACUGAUUCUGGUGCAGCUUUGCAAAUGAGAAGGGAAUUGCUUUGGUUCAAGGAAGUGGAGAAGAUUGUCCAACCUCUGUAUACUGAAAUGGAAAACUCGGAGGGAAAAACACCAGAUUGUGUAUUUGUACUAGAACACAAAAAAUUGAAGCGAGAAGGAGAGAAGUGGAUGAAGGAAACUGCUUCUUCAUGCAUGGUUGUUGCCACUCUUAUUGCAACUGUGAUGUUUGCAGCUGCCUUCACUGUGCCUGGAGGAAACAACAACAGUACAGGGAGGCCUAUUUUUUUAUAUACAAGGUCCUUUAUAGUGUUUGUCACAUCAGAUGCACUUGGCUUAUUCUCCUCAGCCUCAUCAAUUCUGAUAUUCCUUUCCAUCUUGACGUCACGGUAUGCCGAAGAGGAUUUCCUCCGAUCGUUACCGAACAAGCUAAUCAUGGGACUUGCAACCCUUUUCAUUUCUAUAAUUAACAUGAUGGUAGCUUUUAGUGCCACACUUUUCCUUAUCCUUAGCCAUGGAUUGGAAUGGGCAACUAUUCCAAUUAUCGUCGUUGCCAGCAUCCCUGUCUCAUUGUUUGCUUCACUACAGUUUCCUCUUGUUGUUGACAUAAUUAGUCAUACAUUUACUUGUUUUGGUUCAAGAAGCCAUUUACUAAGCUAACUGGGGUCAACCAUAUGAAUCUUUUUAAGCCUUUCAGCUCUAUUUGAGAUCAUUCAAAACUGCUUUAGGUGAGGCAGGGAAUUUGAUCUCUUGGUAUAUGCUUGUUUUGUAGGCCUGUUUUAGAUUUUGAUAUGUGAGUAAUAAGAUUUUAGACA